ACAUGGGAGGCUCUGGAGUUACUAUAUCAGAACUCCUUCUGAGGUGUAAGGAGGAUACGUCUAAUAACUCAAUCGCUGUAAGCCUAUUGUUAUUUUUCUGAUAUUAAACAUCUCUCCAGGCUCAGAUUGAUUGCAAUGUUCCUUCUACUUCCUUUCAUCGUUCUGAUAGAUGUCAAAGACUUCGCACUGACUCAAGGCAGUACAAUCCCUCCUUUGUGCCAAAAAGGGUAUUUUCCCUGUGGGAAUCUGACCAAGUGCUUGCCCCGGGCUUUUCACUGUGAUGGUGUGGACGACUGUGGCAACGGCGCAGAUGAGGAGAACUGCGGUGACACUAGUGGAUGGGCAACCAUAUUUGGCACAGUCCUUGGAAAUGUUAAUAACGUGACAUUAACACAGGAGUGCUUUUUAAACCAGUAUCCACAACACUGUGACUGCAAAGAAACCGAAUUGGAAUGUGUAAAUGCCGGCCUGCAGUCUGUGCCUGUGAUUUCCACCAACGUGACACUACUGUCUCUAAAGAAAAACAAAAUCCACAGUCUUCCAGAUAAAGUUUUCACCAAAUACAAAGAACUUAAAAAGAUAUUUCUUCAGCAUAAUUGCCUUAGACACAUAUCCAGGAAAGCAUUUUUCGGAUUAUAUAAUCUGCAAAUAUUAUAUCUCAACCACAACUGCAUUACUACUCUCAGACCUGGAGUAUUCAAAGACUUGCAUCAGCUAACAUGGCUAAUUCUAGACGACAAUCCAAUAACCAGGAUUUCUCAGCGGUUGUUUACUGGAUUAAAUUCCUUGUUUUUCCUAUCUAUGGUUAAUAACUACUUAGAGGCCCUUCCCACGCAGAUGUGCACCCAAAUGCCUCAACUCAACUGGAUGGACCUGGAAGGCAAUCGAAUCAAGUAUCUUACGAACUCCACCUUUCUGUCCUGCGAUGCGCUCACUGUGCUGUUUCUGCCUAGAAAUCAAAUUGAUUUUGUUCCAGAGAAGACAUUUUCUUCAUUAAAAAAUUUAGGAGAACUGGAUCUGUCUAGCAACAUGAUAAUGGAGCUACCAGUCCACCUGUUUAAAGACCUGAAUCUUCUCCAAAAACUGAACCUGUCAUCCAAUCCUCUUUUGUAUCUCCACAAGAACCAGUUUGGAAGUCUUAAACAACUUCAGUCUCUAGACCUGGAAAGGAUAGAGAUUCCAAAUAUAAACACAGGAAUAUUCCAACCCAUGAGGAAUCUUUCUCACAUUUAUUUCAAAAACUUUCGAUACUGCUCCUAUGCUCCCCAUGUCCGAAUAUGUAUGCCCUCGACUGACGGCAUUUCUUCAUUUGAGGACCUCUUGGCUAACAAUAUCCUCAGAAUAUUUGUCUGGGUUAUAGCUUUCAUUACCUGCUUUGGAAAUCUUUCUGUCAUUGGCAUGAGAUCUUUCAUUAAAGCUGAAAAUACAACUCACGCUAUGUCCAUCAAAAUCCUUUGUUGUGCUGACUGUCUGAUGGGCAUUUACUUGUUUUUCAUUGGCUUUUUUGAUAUAAAAUACCGAGGGCAAUAUCAGAAGUAUGCCCUGCUGUGGAUGGAGAGUUUACCGUGCCGCCUCAUGGGGUUCCUGGCCAUGCUGUCCACCGAAGUCUCUGUCCUGUUGCUAACCUUCUUAACCCUGGAGAAGUUCCUGGUCAUCGUCUUCCCCUUCAGUAACAUUCGUCCCGGGAAGCGGCAGACCUCGGUCAUCCUCAUUUGUAUCUGGACCGUGGGAUUUUUAAUUGCUGUAAUUCCCUUUUGGAGCGAGGAUUACUUUGGAAACUUUUAUGGGAAAAAUGGAGUAUGUUUCCCACUUUAUUACGACCAAACAGAAGAUAUUGGAAGCAGAGGAUAUUCUCUUGGAAUUUUCCUAGGUGUGAACUUGCUGGCAUUUCUCAUCAUUGUGUUUUCCUACAUUACUAUGUUCUGUUCCAUCCAAAAAACCGCCUUGCAGACAGCAGAAGUGAGGAAUCACAUCGGAAAAGAGGUGGCUGUUGCAAAUCGCUUCUUUUUUAUAGUGUUCUCUGAUGCCAUCUGCUGGAUUCCUGUAUUUGUCGUUAAAAUCCUUUCCCUCCUCAGAGUGGAAAUACCAGGCACAAUCACCUCCUGGAUAGUGAUUUUUUUCCUUCCAGUCAACAGCGCCUUGAACCCGAUCCUCUACACGCUCACCACCAGUUUCUUUAAGGACAAGUUGAAACAACUGCUGCAUAAACAUCGGAGGAAAUCCAUUUUCAAAAUUAAAAAAAAAAGUCUAUCUACAUCCAUUGUGUGGACAGAUGACUCCUCUUCAGUUAAACUUGGGGUUUUGAACAAAAUAACCCUCGGGGACAGUAUAAUGAAACCAGUUUCCUAGUAAUGGCUUUGGAUCACUGGACUUUCAAGGGUACCUAAAACAGGUACGGCUUUGGGAAGAUAGCGACCGCAAUGCUUUUCAUCUUGGUCAGUGGCAACCCUUCGGCACAGCGGACACAGUGGAAUAAGUGACUUCUGGCCCUGCAUUCCGGUGGCAGCUCUACUAUGCAUGAACUGGGCUGGGAACGGCACUGAAGGACUCUUCUCCUCACCUUACAUGCCUGAAACACACAGUGACUCCAGAGAGGGUAGGCUGACAUGCCGUUGACCUCUAGCUACUCAGCACCACCAACCUGCCCUCGAAUGCCCACAUGUAGACACUCUAUGUUCUUCAUUUUACAUUGUUUCACUGUCCUUAAAGUACAGUCACAACAUCUUAUUCCAGGGUGGCCAUGAUAACAUAAAUCUAACAUCCUUGCUCUCAUAGUAUCAAACCAAAUUAUUAGCAUCCUGUGGAUGCUUGGACAGCAAAGGAUUUCUGAAGAUGUUCCACCUACCCCAAGUCUUACCUACAGAGGCUGCUGGAGUAGCAACUUUGAAAGCAGAACUUCAUACAAAGUUGCCAUGUCUAACAGAUCCAGAAAGGCCCAUUGAUGACCCCUAGUACCAUUUGCCUUUUUGGCUUUCAUUUAAGCUCAGAAGA